GGGAAGCAGGAACAGACAGCAAAAAUGCUCCUGGAUGAGCUGAUCAGUUUUCUGAAGAGCAAAGAGUCCAUCCUUUUCAAUGGGUUGGUUGCGCUCUUGACAGUUGGUGGCCAGCAACUCUUUUCCUUUUUUGCUUUCAGCUGUCCUUGCCAUCAUACUGAAAACCUCAACUAUGGCUUAGCUUUCCUGGGUGUCCCAGCCUUGAUUCUGUUGAUCGUGGGCUUUGUAUUUAACGAGAACACAUGGAGGCUCUUCACGGGUUCCUCACACAGCUUCAACAUCCAGGAGAGAAGCAGGCAGAUCACACUGAUCAAGUAUAAGCUCAUCUGCUUUGUGCUUGGAGGCAUCAUCGGGAGAGCGCUGGUAGCCCCCGUCACGUGGUUGGCGGUCACCCUGUUGAACGGGUCCUAUUAUGCAUGUGCUGUCAGCGAAUAUGCCAAUGUGGACAGGUAUGACUUCUUCAGGAACAUGACAGUAGAUGCCCGGAGACACGUUCUCGCUCGGUUCCCGUGUCCACAGCUGCUUCCUGUCAACCUGACCUUAGUCAGAGAGGAGGUUCUCCUGGAGCUGAAGUACCAGUCUCAGGUAGCGGGAUGGCUUUUGAUAGCAGCUGUCGCAGUCACUGUGUUUAUAUCCCUCUGUCUAGCCAGAUGUUGCACCCCUCUCAGUUACUUACAUCUCUGGUAUUGGACCAGCUACAUCAAAAACGAGCAGAUACUUUUUGAGCAAGCUGCUGACCAGCACUCCAAGAUUUAUGCCAUGCACAACAUCAAAAGGUUCUUUGGUUUUUCACCUGGAAGUAAAAAUGUAACCGAUAUCCGUAUUCCUUCCCGUUGGGACUGGAAAGCUGUCUCUGGACUUGACCUUCUGCAUAUGGUCAACACAGAGCACUGUAAUUACAGCCUUCUUCAGGAAUGGGCAGAAGACGAUCCGACAGAGGGAAAGUUUAUUCACAUUGAUGAAGCACCCAGCACUGAUGAAACUGCUGCACCUUCAUAAACUAAAAUAUGUUAAUUAGUUACGGCUUACCAAAUGACGGGUCAAUGAAAAGGGCUGGUUUUAUAUGAGUGUGUUUGCAGGCACACCAUCUUGUGGUGGUUUCUUUCUACCAGACACUACAUAUAAAACAUAUACUGAGCCGCACAUUACAUUUUUAUACCCAGUGUGCGUAUAUGCAGCUGGUGACCACACAUCACAGGACCUGAUCUGCUGCUGUGGUUGCAGUAUCACUAAGUAUUCAGCCCUACCAGACAUCUGCCCUGUGUUCCAGAUGGUCAUUACAGACAGCCUUCAACCUGCCUCAUAAAGAAACCAUGCGCCAUUCCCACCAGCAAGAUCUCAGCACAUCACUCUACAAUCAAGUUAUCCUCACCUAAGCUGUCCCUUACCUGUUGUUUCUUCCCCCCUUGACCACCCUAUAGAUGUUUAUCUUACUAGAGAAGGGAGUUCUUGUCCGUUUCUAUCAAUUUAUAAUAACGUGUGAAAAUUUUAUCAAUUUUGAAUUGUGAUUCCACUGUUCUCUCUUGUAACCUUGAAUCUGUUGGCAUUGUGUAAAUCAAUGUAACCAGUGUUGGCUCUUUAUGUGGUUGUAAGCAGUAUACACUUACAACCUCAAAUAGAAAACCUUAAUAAAAACACAUGGUAAGAAUAUGGACAUAAA